GGGGCUCAGCUGGUGGGGGGGUGUCGCAGGUGAAGCUGGGAAGCGCGGAGCCAUCUUGGUGCCCGCACCGGGCACCUACUCGCCGCCGCUGCCGUUACCGCGCCAGGACCGCGAACCGCCGCUGGGCCGGGCACGGGAGGGGGCAUCCGCGCACGGGGCCCCGGCGACCAUGGGCCCCUAGGAGCGCGGGCUCCAGCCGCGGCGGCGGCGGCCGUCUCCGGCGCCCAUCGCCUAUCGCCGGGCUCUCCCCGCCCGCCGCCCGCGCCCCCAUGAGGCUGGAGCCGCUGUCCGCUGGCCGACGGUGACGGUGGCGGUGCCGAGCCGCCGGGAGGCCGCGCUGCCUCCGCCCCGGGGGAGUUUUUACGGCGCCGGGCAGCCGGGGGGAAGUUGGCCCCCGCCCCGCAGGCGUCGCUCCCCCGGACCCGGGCCGCCGGGUGGGUUUUGGUGUACUGAGAGUGAGCAAAGCACGAGCUCAGGGACAGCGGCUCCGCGCCCCGCCCGGCCGGCUCGGGGGCGCCCGGCCCUGGAAGUGGCCGGGCUCCGCGUGUCACACGCGCUGGAAGCACCUCUGCACACCCCAACCCCAUCUCCAGGCUCCGAUACACGUUGCGGACAUACACGUUGUUUUUUUUUAAACUUUUUUUAAACAAAGCGAAACUUGUCUCCUGGGAUUUUUUACAAGCGCCCGUUAGUUUGCGAUGGUUUCCUGCUUCUCACACUUCAAGACAACACUUGCUCUGUUUCUCCUGGUACCGUAGUAUGGGGACCUGAACGGAAUCGAGAUUUUAAGCAUUACACGAGUCCUCAAGUCCCUCCACCUGUUAAAGCGAGCAGUUCUGUUUCUUUUUUUUCCCCCCACGUUGCUUGUCGGAUGUGAUGGAACUCAUGUUUGCCGAGUGGGAGGACGGGGAGAGGUUUUCCUUUGAAGACUCUGAUCACUUUGAAGAGGACUCUCUUUGUUCCUUCAUCUCUGAGGCAGAGAGCCUUUGCCAGAACUGGAGAGGAUGGAGGAAGCAAUCAGCUGGACCCAAUUCUCCCACUGUCAAAAUGAAAGAUGGGCUGGUGAUCCCAUUGGUGGAACUGUCUGCAAAACAGGUUGCAUUUCACAUUCCAUUCGAGGUCGUGGAGAAAGUUUAUCCACCAGUGCCUGAGCAACUGCAGCUUCGGAUCGCCUUCUGGAGUUUCCCUGAAAAUGAGGAAGAUAUUAGAUUGUACUCAUGUUUGGCAAAUGGCAGUGCAGAUGAGUUCCAGCGAGGGGAACAGCUUUUCCGGGUGAGGGCAGUCAAAGACCCUCUCCAGAUAGGUUUCCAUCUGAGCGCCACUGUGAUACCCCCACAGAUGGUGCCGCCCAAAGGUGCAUACAACGUGGCAGUUAUGUUUGACCGAUGCAGGAUCACGUCAUGCAGCUGUACCUGCGGAGCUGGGGCCAAGUGGUGUGCUCAUGUCGUGGCGCUCUGCCUCUUCCGGAUACACAAUGCAUCUGCGGUAUGCUUACGAGCACCUGUUUCUGAGUCCUUGUCUCGGCUACAAAGAGACCAAUUGCAAAAAUUUGCUCAGUACCUAAUCAGUGAACUUCCACAACAGAUUCUUCCAACUGCUCAGCGCUUGCUCGAUGAGCUGUUAUCUUCUCAGUCCACUGCCAUCAACACAGUGUGUGGAGCCCCAGAUCCCACUGCUGGACCCUCUGCAUCAGAUCAAAGCACUUGGUACUUAGAUGAAUCUACUCUGAGUGACAACAUAAAGAAAACCCUUCAUAAAUUCUGUGGACCCUCGCCUGUUGUUUUCAGUGAUGUGAAUUCGAUGUAUCUCUCUUCCACGGAGCCACCAGCUGCUGCUGAGUGGGCCUGUCUCCUGCGUCCCCUGCGAGGAAGAGAGCCCGAGGGAAUCUGGAACCUGCUUUCUAUCGUGCGGGAGAUGUUUAAGAGACGGGACAGCAAUGCUGCUCCUUUGCUGGAGAUUCUGACUGACCAGUGUCUCAACUAUGAACAGAUAACAGGCUGGUGGUACAGUGUGAGAACAUCUGCAUCACACAGCAGUGCUAGCGGCCACACCGGGCGCAGCAAUGGCCAGUCAGAAGUAGCUGCUCAUGCCUGUGCGAGUAUGUGUGAUGAGAUGGUGGUUCUUUGGAGGCUAGCUGUCCUAGACCCAACUAUUAGUCCACAGAGGCGCAGGGACCUUUGCUCACAGCUCAGACAGUGGCAGCUGAAAGUCAUAGAUAACGUUAAGAGGGGUCAGCACAAGAAAUCACUGGAGAAGCUAUUCCAGGGUUUCAAGCCAGCUGUGGAAGCCUGUUACUUCAACUGGGAGGAAGCUUAUCCCAUUCCUGGGAUCACCUAUAGCAGCUCUGACAAGAAGAACUCUUUCUGUUGGGUAAAGGCCAUCCAGCAGAGGAGCUGCCGGUUGCAGUGUGCAGAAACUGCUUGCGAGGCUGGUAGAGCCCAUGGACAGGAGCCUGGGGGAUCAUGUCUGCAGCCUGGGGACAGGCUGCGUCCCUCUCCCCAGGAGCCAGCGGUUCGCCCGAAGGAACUCACUGGAAAGCGGAAAGUUGUGUCUGAAAUGCCACAGAGAGUUCUGAGACGACUUUCAGCAGAAGGUGAUAAAGCUGUGUAUAAGACUGCAGUGGGCAAAGCCAAAUUGCCAGUGAGCAAAGGCUUGACCAGUAAACAUAGUGGGAAACGGCGCAUGAGCAGUGAAGACAGCUCCCUAGAGCCAGACUUAGCAGAGAUGAGCCUGGAUGACAGCAGCUUGGCCCUGGGGGCAGAAGCCAGCAACACGUUUAGUUUUACAGAAAGCCCACUGAGCAGGAGCUACAGAGAUACCUUUGAGGAGGAUGGUGGGGUGUACUUCUCCGAGGGACCUGAGCCAAGUGUCAGGAGCAGUUCCACGGCCAAGAAAUCAUCCAAGGAUCCUGUGGGGGAAAUGGGUAGUGGUGAUGAUGAUCUGCCUUCUGCAGACGAGAACAGCGGCGGUGUGAGCCUGAAGCCAGAAGAAGUAGGAGAGAAUGGUGCAGCAGGGGGAGGGGACGAUGGAGAAGAGGAAGACGAUUACCAGGUGUACUAUCUGAAUGCACAAGAGGUAGCCAAGGAAGAUGAUGACAAAGCUGAAGGGGGGAAUGAAGAGGAGCAGGAUAUAUUUGCUGGUAUAAAGCCUCUGGAGCAGGAAAACCGGAUGGAGAUCCUGUUUGCCUGUGCAGAGGCCCUGUAUGCACAUGGAUACAGCAAUGAAGCAUGUCGCUUAACUGUAGAGCUUGCCAGGGACCUGUUAGCCAACCCUCCAGAUCUCAAAGUGGAACAGCCACCAACUAAGGGCAAAAAGAACAAAGUAUCAACCAGCAAGCAGACGUGGAUGGCAACCAACACCUUGUCCAAAGCUGCUUUCCUGCUGACUGUGUUGAGUGAGCGGCUGGAGUACCACAACCUGGCCUUUCGAAUAGGAAUGUUUGCUCUGGAGCUGCAGAGACCACCUGCUUCUACCAAGGCUCUGGAGGUGAAGCUGGCUUAUCAGGAGUCUGAGAUUGUAGCCCUCUUGAAGAAGAUUCCCUUGGUCACUAAUGAGAUGAAUACUAUUCGAGGAAGAGCUGAAGAACUUCGAGAAGGAACAUUAUGUGAUUAUCGUCCAGUCCUGCCUCUUAUGUUGGCUAGCUUCAUAUUUGAUGUCCUGUGCGCUCCAGUGGUUUCUCCUACAGGUUGUAGACCCCCAAGUCGUAAUUGGAAUAAUGAAAUGCCUGGAGAUGAAGAGCUUGGUUUUGAAGCAGCUGUGGCUGCUCUUGGCAUGAAGACAACUGUCAGUGAAGCAGAACAUCCUCUGUUGUGUGAAGGCACCCGAAGGGAGAAGGGUGAUCUGGCACUAGCCCUGAUGAUUACUUACAAGGAUGAUCAGUCUAAGCUGAAGAAGAUUUUAGACAAACUCCUGGACAGAGAGAGCCAGACUCACAAGCCACAGACUCUGAGUUCCUUCUACUCCUCCAGCAAGCCUACAGUAGCAAAUCAAAAAUCUCCUUCCAAACACGCAGCCCAGUCCACUGCAGCUAUCCAGCAGCUUCCAGGGACUUCUGUCACUCAGCAACCUGGUGUAAGCCCAGCAGUCCAGAGCAGUCCUGAGAACUUUGUGGAGAAGAGUGCACAGGAGAGCUCUCAGAGGUCCCCCUGUGAGCCAGCUGGUGAGCCCACUGUCCUGAAGCAAGAGGGAAAGGUGCCCAGUCGUCUGGCCCUUGGAAACCGAGGUGGAUACAAUGGGAGAUGCUGGGGUUCACCUGUUAGACAGAAGAAGAAACACACAGGCAUGGCUAGCAUUGACAGCAGUGCUCCUGAAACCACCUCUGACAGUUCUCCAACGCUCAGUCGGCGACCACUACGCGGGGGGUGGGCAACAACAUCGUGGGGCAGAGGACAGGACAGUGACAGCAUCAGCAGUUCUUCGAGUGAUUCGCUGGGAUCUUCCUCUUCCAGUGGCAGUAGGAGAGCCAACGGGGGAGCCCGUGCAAAGACUGUGGAAGUUGGCAGGUAUAAAGGGAGGCGGCUGGAGAGCCAUGCUCCUCAUGUUCCAAACCAGCCGUCAGAGGCAGCUGCUCACUUCUACUUUGAAUUGGCCAAGACCGUCCUCAUCAAAGCUGGUGGAAACAGUAGUACCUCCAUCUUCACCCACCCUUCCUCCAGUGGUGGGCACCAGGGACCACACCGCAACCUUCACCUCUGCGCCUUUGAGAUCGGGCUGUAUGCACUAGGGCUGCACAACUUUGUGUCCCCCAACUGGCUUUCUCGAACUUACUCCUCCCAUGUCUCCUGGAUCACAGGGCAGGCUAUGGAGAUUGGUAGCGCAGCCUUGAACAUCUUGGUGGAGUGUUGGGAUGGACAUCUGACGCCCCCGGAGGUGGCAUCGUUGGCAGACAGAGCCUCGCGGGCCAGAGACUCCAACAUGGUGCGGGCAGCUGCUGAACUGGCGCUCAGCUGCCUGCCCCACGCCCACGCCCUGAACCCAAAUGAGAUCCAGAGGGCUCUGGUGCAGUGCAAAGAACAGGACAAUCUGAUGCUGGAAAAGGCCUGUAUGGCAGUAGAAGAGGCAGCAAAGGGAGGCGGUGUGUAUCCAGAAGUCCUCUUUGAAGUAGCUCACCAGUGGUACUGGCUUUAUGAACAGACUGUUGGUGGGACUCCGGCCCAGAGAGAAGGUGCCACGGGCUGCAGCGCCAGCGGUGCACGGGCUGCCUCCGAAGCAACACGAGGGUUGGCAGACAACCGGGUGACCACUGAGCCAACCACUGUAACAGUAGCAGCUGCGGUGACUGCAGCAGCAACGGUCAUGCCAGUGAUCUCUGUGGGAUCAACCAUGUACCAGCAGCACACAAUGGCAGGGCCAGCGAUGGCGCACACACACACGCAGGGCCUCCACCCUUACACCACCCUUCAGACUCACAUUCCCUGUAAUCCCCAGUAUAUCGGACACACUAUCCAGCACAUGCCACGUCCAGCUGUCUUCCCAGUGCCUGGCUCAGCAUACCCGCAGGGUGUCCAUCCAGCGUUCAUAGGAGCUCAGUACCCUUACUCGGUAACAACGCCAUCAUUGGCAGCUACAGCAGUGUCAUUCCCUGGUGUGCCAGUCCCAUCCAUGACGCAGAUUGCGGUGCAUCCCUAUCACAGCGAGACGGGACUGUCACUGUCUUCCAAUGUAGCGAUAGGAAGUGUCCAUGCAGGAUCAACGUUCCCAGCGAUUCAGGGGGCUUCCUUGACAACUCUGUCCUCACAGCCCAACUCCCUUGUUACAGGGGGUUUUCCUGCCGAGGAUGAGCAGCACAGUCAGCCUGUGAGCCCCCAGGGUCUGCACUACCUCCACUCCGCAUACCGAGUUGGGAUGCUGGCUCUGGAGAUGCUUGGCCGAAGAGCUCACAACGACCAUCCCAACAACUUCUCCCGCAGCCCACCCUACACGGAGGAUGUAAAAUGGCUCCUUGGGUUAGCUGCAAAGUUAGGUGUAAACUACGUGCAUCAGUUUUGUGUUGGUGCAGCCAAAGGGGUGCUGAGCCCUUUUGUGCUGCAGGAGAUCAUCAUGGAAGCUCUACAGCGGCUCAACCCUGCCCAUGUGCACAACCACCUGCGCACCCCAGCCUUCCACCAGCUGGUGCAGAGGUGCCAGCAGGCCUACUUGCAGUACAUCCAUCACCGGCUGAUCCAUCUAAUUCCAGCUGACUACGAUGACUUUGUGAAUGCCAUCCGCAGCGCCAGAAGCGCCUUCUGCCUGACUCCCGUGGGCAUGAUGCAGUUUAAUGAUAUUCUCCAGAACCUAAAGCGCAGCAAGCAGACAAAGGAACUGUGGCAAAGGGUGUCUCUGGAAAUGACCACCUUCUCACCAUGACAGCAGGCGGAGCUCCACGGACACACAACCCUUUGCCCCGCAUAGUUGUAGUUUCAUUUACACAAUCCUUCCUUCUGGUGUCUUUUUUAUUUUAGUUUUAACUUGUUGGAAACCACUGAUUUGAUGUAUUUAUACCAUGACAUUCCUCUCCAGCACUGUUGCGUGUUGGCGCUCUGCUUUGCUCGCUCUUCCUCCACCUUCCCAGUGGGCUGCAGGCUUCAGAGGCGUCAGGUAAUGAGAAGGAAGUCGAGCUGGCUGCCCUGUGGUGUAGUCACUGCUUUUUUCCCUGAGCCCUGGAGGCUGUCCUGCGAGCAGUUUGCAGUGUGAUUACGCACGUGUUUGAGGGGUGGGGAAGUCUUGUCUUAAAUAUUUAUUUUGGCAUUUAUAAAUAUGUAAACUUUUUUUUUUGUAUGGGCUUCUCUUACUCCACACACCAUCUCCUGUUGGGAGAGGCUGGGACUGCUGUGCACAGCCAGUGCUCCCUCCAUUCCUUUCAGCACCUCCUGCUGAGAGAAGCUGAGACUGGAGUAGCAGGGCCAGAGCCACCUCUGCAGCUUUCUGCAGCAGCUGCUGAUGGCAGAGGCUGGAGCUUGGGCAGUCCAAGUCUAAGACUGCCCUGAGCUGCCUGGAGACUGCCAGAAGUGCUCAGGCUCUUUUUCAAGAGUGUCCCUCACUGGGACUUAGGAUGUUUUGAUCCUGGUUGUUCAGAGUUGUACAAUCGUGUUUCUUUUGGCUGGGGUAUUACUCUCCUGUAAUCAGUUUCUUAUCCCUUGUCUCUUCUCGUUUCCUGAUUAAACACUCGUUUUCUUAGA